AUGAUUGAAUACGAACGAUAUCGUCUAAAACUUAUCGAUAUUCAAUCACCAAUAGCAAGAAUCAACGAUCCACUCAUUAUCAAUGCUCUAGCACAAUAUUUAGUAACCAUUCGGUAUAGCAAUAAUAUUGACGAGGUAGUCAUUCGACUUGAUACAAGUGAAAAUCAAGUACAACAUCUAGUAUGGCAUUACGAAAUGCUUCAAGAAUAUGAAAGUGAAGAUGAAUCAAAAGCGGAAGAAGUGUGUAUAAUUCCUCAACGAGAUGCUAAUGAAAAUCCAUUCCGUCUGUGCGUGCCUUCAUCUCGAUUUCUGGCUGAUUUGACAUGGGUUCGUGAUGAAAUACAAAAAGAAAUAAAACCAAGUAUGGUAGAAGUUCGUAUACAUUGCGUUGGCAUCAAUUUUCGUGAUGUGCUUAAAGCACGAGGUCUCUAUCCACACACUCGUGCUUUUGCACAAGCUGAUGAAGAUCAACCACAUGUCAAUCGAGAUACAGAACCAGGUUCGGACUUUGUUGGUACUGUCUUGCGUGCAUCUCCAAAUGUUGACUUUCAACCUGGUGAUCAUGUCGUUGGUAUUUCUGCUCAUGGCACACUUCAUUCGAACGUCGUCCUCGACGCAUCUCAAAUUGUACGCAUUCCAUCUGAGUGUCCUCUUACCGACGAACAACUUUCCGUUAUGCCUACAGUCUGUCUAACAGUAAUAUAUUCUCUAAGAUAUCGUGUACAUCUAAGACGUGGUCAAACUGUUCUUAUUCACGCAGCAACUGGAGGUGCCGGUCAAAUUUGUAUUCAAUAUUGCCAAUGGCUUGGUGCUCGUGUUUUAGCUACAGCUGGUACCGAAGAAAAACGUCGUUUUCUUCGCGAGCAAUGCGGUGUUGAACACGUGUUCAAAAGUCGUGAUGCUUCUUUUGUCAAUUGUGUGCGCAAUCUUCUACCCAAUGGUGUCGAUGUUAUUAUCAAUUCACUGUCAGGUCCUCUUCUAAAAGAAUCUGUCAAAUUACUCGCUUACCAUGGUCAUUUUGUUGAAUGGGGCAAACGAGAUGUUUUCGAUAGAACUCAACUAUCUAUGUUUGACUUCCGCUCUGAUUGCAGUUUCCAUGUCAUCGAUUUAAUUUCGCUUUCCGAUAAGCAGCAAGAUAUUUGUACAGUGAUGCUAAAGGAAAUGGUUGAUUUAUUUGUGCUAGGUAAAUUAAGAGCAAUCCAACCAACCGUUGUCUUCGAGCCAUCUCAAGUGGUCGAAGCAUUUAUGAGAUUUGUAAGCGGACAAGCUAUGGGUAAAUCCGUUGUUCGUAUGACGAAUUCCGAUCAGCCACUCUAUUUGAGUGACAAACAACUCAACAAAUUAAUAAAAGAUAAUAAUAUUAUGUUUGUGCCGGAAGUAUGCGAAAAAGGAACGAUUUUGAUUUCUGGCGGUUUCGGUGGUCUUGGAUUGACAAUGUCUCGUUGGAUGAUAGAGAAACGAGGAGUUAAGAGAGUUAUGCUUAUGAGUCGUCGAACAUUGGCUGAACUUGAACAACCAGAUAAUCCACAAUAUGAAGAAUGGUUACGUCUCAAACAAACAGUGAGUCACUAUAAUGGACAAGUCGAUGUUGUUAAAGCAGAUGUAACGAAUUUUGAACAAGUACGUGAAUUGAUGGCAAGACUAGCUCAGACUCCUUAUCCAGUGCGGGGUAUUAUUCAUAGUGCAGUCGUAGCAGAAGAUCGUAGUUUGGUUAAUUUGUCAGUGGAGCACUUGAAUCGUGUCUUAGCAGCAAAAAUUCGUGGUGCUUGGGUUCUUCAUCAAGCAACACAAGAUACAAAUGCUCCUAUCCACUUCUUUGUUAUGUUUUCAUCAAUUCGAAACCAUCUACUUGAAUUGGCAGCCGCUGGUUAUAAUGCUGGCAAUGAAUUUCUUGAUGCUCUCGCUCAUUAUCGCAUGACACGUCUCAAUUUACCUGCUCUUUCGGUCAGUUUACCAGCAGUAAGUGGUGCUGGUAUGUUUCAUCGUUAUCGGGAUCUAUUGAUUAGUUUACAAGUUACACAAGGCUUCGAACUAGUACCAACUAUAGCUGUGUUCGAACUAAUCGAACGUUUUCAUAUCAAUCAGAAUACGUGUCCAUGUCCAGUUAUCUUCGCUGCUAAUUGGCAAACAUUAUAUCAAAACCGCAAUAAACUACCUACGUUUUAUUUAACCAACAUUGUUAAGCAACGUUACACAAGUAUGAAGCUGGCCAGUAUGUCAGGAGACUCAUCAAACGCUCAUAAUACAGCCGAUUCACACUUAAGUCGAAGAGAAACUAUUAUUGAGCAAACUCAAGCAGCCGUAGCACGAUUACUAGGCACAACUAAUGUCGAGCGUAUAUCAGUUGAUCGUUCACUUGUCAGUCAAGGCAUGGAUUCGCUAGCAGCUCUCUCAUUGUACAAUUGGUUGGGAAAAGAGACCAGCAUUUUUGUACCAUUGGUUGAUCUUCUUCAAGGAAUUUCUAUUGAGACGAUCGCAACAGUUGUGCAUAAUAAGCUCAAAGAACGACAACAAGUCGUAGUAUCAACUAAUAAAGAAGAUGAUAUGAAAAUCAGUGUAGAAAAUGAAAAAAAUAUAGAAUUAUCCAAUAGCUCAACUUAUACUGGUACUGAUAAUAUUGUCUGUUUACAACGUCCUUUUCAAAAGAAUUGCCCUAUUAUCUUCUAUAUUACCGAUGAAUCAACUACGAAUGCUGAUAUUUUGUCUAAAAUAAACAGUAACAAGAUAUCCGACAAGCAAAAUAAAGCAUCAUCAGGUGCUAUCUAUGCCGUUGAAGUGUCAUCUAUGGCAAAAGCUACAAACACGUCAACAUAUGUUCGAGAUUUGAUUACACAAAUGCGUCGAAUUCAACCACGUGGUUUAUAUCAACUUGUAACUGGUCGCAAUCAUCCGGGAGAAACUAUUGCAAAUGAAAUGCUUGAACAAUUUAAGGAUUAUUCAGCUGUAACUGGCGCACAACUGCGACUCGUCGACAUAUAA